AACGAGCUGUUAUUCAAAGUUAGUUUACCUUUCACUGUCUUUGUCCUCCAAUUCUCUUUUCAGUUUUUGUUUGGCACCUCUCUCUUGUUUGUACUUAUUUGCUUGAUUGAUCUCAAUAAUUUACUAACUCCCAAAGCUAUCCUGUUGAAACAUGAUGCAAUAAAUCAAGCCUGCAAUUGCUGGCUAUGCUGACUAUUUGGCUUUGUCUGCUUUACACCCUUUUUACUUAACACAAGAAAAUCAUGACACCUCACUUUCUGUUUCUGGUUCAUACUUUCGACACCUUUUUCUUCCUAUCAAGUAACUUUCAGUUACUGUCCUAUUUCCAAUUCUUGAUCUUGGGUUUUGGAGUCUUGGUGUAGUGGAAAUUUGCUUCAUAUCAACUUCAUUCCUAUAAUUGGUGUGCUAGGUAUUUUACAGAUUUUGCAAGUGGAGGUACAAAGAAGGCAGCUUUUUGUUAGAUAACUGAAGUUUGGGUUUCUGAGGAAUAAUCAAGAAUUGAACUUAUUUAUUGAGAUGAAGAGUGGGAUUGAUAGAAGCUUGGAUGGGGGAAAGAGAGUUGUGCUUGUUGCUGUAAAGGCUUCCAGAGAUAUAUCAAGAAGUGCCUUUAUAUGGGCAUUAACUCAUGUGGUUCAACCUGGGGAUUCUGUUAAGUUGCUGGUGAUCAUUCCUGCUUAUAGCUCAACUACACUUUCAGGUAAAAGGCUUUGGGGUUUUCCUAGAUUAAUUAACAGUGAUUGCACGACUGGCAACUGGAGAUCACUGUCUGGAACAACUUUAGAUCAAAAGGAUUUCGUUUCAGAAUCAUGCACUCAAAUGUUGCUUCAACUUCAUGAUAUUUAUGAUCCAAAUAAAAUGAAGUUGAAGGUCAAAGUCAUUUCUGGGUCACAGUCUGGAGUAGUGGCUGCUGAAGCCAGGAGAGUUCAUACUCGAUGGGUGGUCUUGGAUAAGCGAAUGAAAAAAGAGGCCAGGCUCUGUAUGGAUCAACUGGAAUGCAAUAUUGUUCAGAUGAAAAACUCUCAACCAAAAGUGCUUCGUUUGAAUUUCAUUGGAUCUCCCAACACUGAAGCUGAAGUCAGCCGUACGUCACAAGCGUCUUCAAAACAGUUAGAUGAAAAGUCUGAUGAUGAGAUUCGGGUGCCGAACGUGACUCCAGCAAGUAGUCCAGACCAUUCAUCAUUCACCACAACUGACGCUGGUACAUCCUCAAUGUCCAGUCUAGACAUAGGGACCUCUCCACUCCUCUCUUCUGAGAUCAAUUGGGAUAUGAAGAAGAGCUUUUCUCAUAAAUGCAAUCAUUAUUCAGAUGAAUCUGAUUCUGAUACAGAUAGUGAAAAAUUGAGUUCUCCUACAAGCAGCGUAUGCUCCCAUCAAUGGAUGCAAGACAUUCUCGUUGCAGCAAAGGAUUUCUCACAUUACUUAAAGAGAGACUUUCCAAGAUCCAAAGGCACAUUGCUAAAGUUAAAGCAUGAUGUUUCCCCAGAAAAAUCAUUUGGACUUGAUCGGGAACCUAAAGUUUGUCUAAAGAAAGAAAGACAUGAUGUGGAAAUAAACAGUAAUAUGAGAAAAAUGAUGUCAUUAACCAAAAAUUCUCUCGCUGAUCCUCCUCCACUUUGUUCAAUAUGUCAACACAAGGCGCCUUUAUUUGGAAAACCACCUCGGUGGUUCACUUAUUCUGAGCUCGAACGCGCUACCAGUGGAUUUUCAGAAGCUAACUUUUUGGCUGAGGGUGGGUAUGGUUCUGUACAUCGUGGACACUUACCAGAUGGCCAAGUCAUAGCAGUCAAGCAAUACAAAUCAGCUAGCUCACAGGGCGACCCUGAAUUUUGCUCUGAAGUGGAGGUCCUGAGCUGUGCUCAACAUCGAAAUGUUGUGAUGCUGAUUGGCUUCUGUGUGGAAGAUGGAAGAAGGUUGCUAGUUUAUGAAUACAUCUGCAACGGCUCUUUAGAUUCUCACCUUUAUGGACGUAAAGGACAUCCAUUAAAUUGGUCAGCACGUCAAAAGAUUGCCGUUGGAGCUGCUCGAGGACUGAGAUACCUACACGAGGAGUGCAGAGUAGGUUGUAUUGUUCAUCGUGACCUGCGGCCAAAUAAUAUCCUCCUAACUCAUGAUUUUGAGCCAUUGGUUGGUGACUUUGGAUUGGCGAGGUGGCAACCAGAAGGGGACUUAGGAGUUGAUACAAGAGUUAUUGGAACAUUUGGGUACUUGGCACCGGAAUAUGCUCAAAGUGGUCAAAUAACUGAAAAGGCUGAUGUGUACUCAUUAGGAGUAGUACUAUUGGAACUCGUUACUGGAAGAAAAGCUAUAGACAUUAACCGCCCCAAGGGCCAACAGUCCCUCAGCGAGUGGGCACGUCCUCGGCUGCGAAAGAGUGCCGUCUCCGAACUCAUCGACCCAUGUCUAGGGAACUGCUACUUGGAGCAGGAGGUUGAUGGCAUGCUACAUUGUGCGUCAUUAUGCAUUCGACGGGACCCUAAUUCAAGGCCGAGGAUGUCUCAGGAAGUCCCCCAUUGCUCGACAGUAGCAGGAGGUUAAAACCGGUGAUGGUACUCCGUGCUCUGUUGUUUGAUACAUCAUCUAAUAGUCUUGUUUCUACCCUGCUCUAUAUGAAGGAAAACAUUGCUUAUUCACUAGAUUAUUUGGAACUGGCAUAUAAUCUGUGUCAUUUUUAAUUGUUUAUUUUCAGUGAGUGAAGCUCAUGUUACUUUUAAGGUUAACCUUAAUGACAUCAUGUUAGCAACUCCCCAUAAUAAAACUCAGUUGAUUAUUAUAAUAUGAUCCUUUUGUAUAUACACACUUCUUGUUUUCUCAUUGCACUUGUAGGUACUUCGGAUGUUGGAAGGGGACGUGUUAGUGAGCUAAGUUCGUAUGGUAAAGGACAAUGCUCUGGAGUUGAUGUUUCGAAAGAAAGUCUUAAGUUUGACAAAAGACAAUCGAGCCAAAGCUAGCAAGGGACGUGUCAGAAUAAUGCUCCAACUGUUCUGGGCUGCAAGAAGAUGCCACAGGCAGAAAGGUUCUCCUAUAUAUGAGACAAAGGAAGCUUACAUGAUGGGAAGAAAACAAGAAUCUCAUGGCCAUUUUUAGUCCUCCUAUCAUCAUCUACCACAUUUUGGUACUCUUUAUGGUUUCACUUCAUGAUCCACAUGCAUUAUAGAUGUUUUAUAGCAGUGAUAAGUAUGAAUGUGUUACUUUUUUUUUGAAUUUUUAUUCAUAGUAGAAUUAGGAGGAAACGUUGGAUAUGGGAGUGGCAGUGGAAGUGUAACUGAGUGGCAGUGGAAGUGUAACUUGUCUUCAAUCUCUCGAAAUGCAAUGGGAUGGCUUGAAUUCACAUUUUCUUGAA